AUGGCUCCAGUACCUUGGAUAAGUGUGGAGGGUGAUUGGAUCGACAUAUAUGCUCCGUUUGAAGGGCCUGACAAAGAGCGCUCUCUUGAAAGGAGUAAGCCUGGUGUAGUGACAGUGAUUGAUAGUCAGGAUGCUCAGCGCUGCAUCAAGCCCAGAGAGCUAAGGACGUCGCUGGAGAAAUGCGGAAACCAAGACAUUGUCCUCAAUACUUUAGGCUGGACAGAACCAUGUGCAAAUGGCAUGCAGGAAAGGAGAGCCCGGGAGAAGCAAAGAGUCUGGCUGAAAGAGAGCAAAACUACGGGGAGUUUUAUCCGUCACGUUUCUUGGGUCUUCAGCGAUGUGCUUUGCAUACUUGUGCCAAGCCUGCAUUGGGCAAUUGACGAAAUCUGUGCCUGGACUCUAACGGACCACAUCGCACCAGAAGAAGGGCCAUUUUUUGUUAUUUUAGUUGAUGAUAGCGACUCGACACGCGACGGGGACGGAGUGCUCUACAACGUAAUGAGCACAACGAGACAGCAAUGUUGGCAAAAGCUGCAGGAACAAUGCACCGGCCCCAUCUGGAAGACAGCCAAAGCCCUAGACCGAUUACUCUCGCGGACCUAUGUCCGGGCCACAACUCUGAGAAGAGAAGCUGUAGCACUAAGCGCUUGUUUGCAGUCAUUAGACAUCUUACAACUUGCACGGGGACAGAGGGAGAACCGUGGACACUUGUGGAACCUUAGGACACUUACACGCCUCGUAGAAAAGUUCUACAGCCACACUGAAGCACUGGGCGGAUCGUUUAAUUUUGUAGGCGCCCUGAGGGAGGAUAUCUGGCCUGGGCAAUCACGAAGCCAGCAAAGUCUACUUGGGGAUUGGCUAUGCCUAGGGAACCAGGACCGAUCUCUCAGUGAUUUUAUGGGGCCUCUCCUUGCGAAGCUGUUUAUAGAAGAUGCAAGCCAGAUGCCACAUAGAUUUCCUGCAUGUGAGGCAUUCCAUGCCGUCUAUCGUCCGUUGUGCGAUGAAGGCCUCCGCCUGGCCUCCAAGCGCUCUGAGUGGGCCCAAGGUAUCACAUCAGUAGCACUCUCUAAUGCUAUCCUGCAGGCAAUGACAAACUGGGAUCUCCAAAUUACAGAGCAUGUGAGAACACUCUGGGCACAUCUGCCGGAACGCUCCUUGUGCUGUGCGUGCGUAUGGGAUCGGCCUCUUGUCUUUCUCCGCUGCGGCCACGGCCUGUGCGAACGGGAUGCAUGGAAGCAUUCCUUCCGCCGCCAUCCCUUUGAGUGUGUUUCAUUCUUCCAACGCUGCCCGGCCUGUGAUGCAAUCGUCAACCGCCAAGUCCGGUUGCGCCCACCACAGGCUGGGCUCCGCAUCGCCUGCUUUGAUGGUGGCGGGACGCUGGGCAUUGUGUCUCUCGUGUCUUUGGACAGUCUUGUCCGAGAGCUGCCGUUGAAAUUGCAGGCGCAUCACUACUUCGAUCUGAUUGUUGGCACCAGCACCGGCUCCAUCAUCGCAGCGGCUUUGGGCAUUCGGAAAUGGCCCCUGAAGCGCUGUAUCAAGGAGUUCUCGAAAACAGCCCGUCAAGUCUUCUACAGACUAACAUUUAUGACAAUCGCCCCUCGAGCCCUGCGCCGGAUCUGGAAAGGUAUAAAGUAUAGUGAAGAACCGUUAUAUGCAGCUCUACAGAGAGGAUUUGGCUCUGCACCUCUCUAUGGCUACUGUGACGAGUCGCCUGAUGUCCUCCGGGUUGUCAUCACAGCCACCGACUUUAGCGGCCGGCUCUGGCUCUCACGAUCGUAUUCUCCAGCAAAACUAACUGGUGUGGAACAGGCCAGCUCCGUGAGCCCUCCCGAAUCUGUCCGAGAGUCCAUUGCCGCCAGCUGUGCGGCCCCUUCCUACUUCCUUCCCUUGAGGGGGUUGCAAGACGGCGGAUUCGUAGCCAACAACCCCUCGGCAGUUGCCCGGAUUGAGGCCAAUCGCUUGUCGAGAGGACAGAUGCCCGACUACGCCGCAAGCUUCGGGACUGGCCGGUUCGGACAGAGCAAUAAUGCCCAUACUGUCCGGAUUUCCUGGCAGUCCCUAGUGCCACGGUGGCUGCGUCGUGUGGCCAAAUGUGUUUCCCGGACUUUUGAUGCCGAGCUUCUCUACGACCGUUUUGUCUCGCAACUGAGCGAUCUCGAAAUGGAACGGCACCACCGCAUUAAUCCAACCCUCCCAUGUCCUGUAGUCGCUCUGGACGAUGCAUCCGCUAUACCGCGACUCAAACGUAUGACCAGGGAGCGGAUGGCUCAAGAUCCUACACAGGUAUCUCGGGGGAAACGUCUUCGCCUUUCUCUCGUUUCCUCGCUUUUCUACCCUAUCAUCACUUCUAGACCUAUUUUUGAUGACAAGGCUGGCGUGUACCACGUAACAUUGGCGGUUGUUUCGCGCUGGGAGGACGACGUGCUUGUCUCCAUGCAGUUGCAGGAGUACCUGCGUGACGCUUGUUUUUGGAUCCACGGCUGGCAAUAUAAGACCAUCACACCGCUCCAAGUCACAGUGAUGCUGUCAAGCCUUGAAGAGGCUCUCAAUAUCGAGCUCCAAGUAGGGGAUGGAAGACGCAGCCAAAUAAGCGGCCUUCCUCUCUCAGUCAACUGUCUUAUUAAUCAUCAACUUUCCAGCUCGGAUCUUCGACAAUGGAAAAGCACGGGUCUUAAACGCCCAUACUCAGAACAGGAUUAUUGGCAUGUUUCGAAGCAGCCAAGAAACGGGAUCGACCACUCCCCACGCAAGCUGGUCCCGGUAGAGUUCUAA